GCCUGUGAAUCUGUGCAUGUUCCGUGUUUUGGCCGCCAUUAUCAUUUUAUGUGAAAAUCGCUUUUAUCAUCGUGCUAUACGCUUGAUCUUCUUGUGUUUUUCAGACUAUCAUUAAAUUAUGGUGAGACAAAAGUGUUUUUUGUGUAAGGUUGAGGCUGGGAAAGCAGGCAGUGAAGGGAUAUCUUUUCACAGACUACCCGCAAAUGAAAAGCAGAGAGAGAAAUGGAUAUCUUUCUUGGAACUUACCGAGAUAAAACCUGCAGCUUUGAUUGACUGGAAAUGUAAAACUAAAGCUAAGGCAUCAAAAAUCAAACAAGAAAUUGUGAAAACUGGUGAAGGACCAGCAAAUUAUGUACCUCUCUCUGAUGCAGAAAAGCGGCUCCUCAGCCUUAUGGGAACAAAGUCUGUUCAAGGAGAUGAUGUAUGUGAAAUGGGCUUUCUACAGGUGAGUACUUCAUAAUGCUACAUUAAAAUGAUAACAUCAAAACAUUACCUGAUCACAAUUAUACUCUAACUAAUACAAAAACUCCCUCAAGAAAACAUCAAAGAACACCAUAUCAGAGAACUUGCCAAAGAAAUUCAAACUGAUUAACAACAAUUACUGAAGAAUCACUCCAGGUCCUCAAAAAAAUAGAAAGUAAUACCCAAAGUAUUGCAGAGUCAUUGAAAAUACUUGCUGCUGUUGCACAAACAGCAUUUUCAAAAGAUAGUUGAGUAUAUUUUUAUUGGUUGACUUGCUUUCACUACAUUUUUGUAAUAUCAAACUAGGCCAUAUAAUCCU